AUGAAUAUGAGAGAGUUAAAAUUAAAACAAGACGUGAGCACAAGGUGGAACUCCACUUAUGAUAUGUUGGACCGCGUAGUAAAAAUAAAAGAUGCCCUAAUAGCUACAUUGGCAUUAGUUAGAGCUGACUUAGCUCUAUCUCUCGAAGACUGGACACUAAUUGAAAAAGCAUUACCAAUUUUAAAAAUAUUUUACGAAGUUACAGUGGAGGUAUCAGCUGAAAAAUCUGUUAGUCUUUCCAAAGUCAUAGUUUAUUGCCGGUUGCUUAAGAGGCAAAUAACGUACCGCUUAUCACAAGCUGAAGCUGCACAAGAUAACAGCAAGAUAUACACGAUGUUGCGAAUGUUAAAUGAGCAAUUACACCGGCGAUUUAAUUCAGUCGAAGGCAAUACGCUCUAUGCUGAAUGCGAUAUACUGGACCCUAGGUUCAAGGGCAAAGGUGUAUCUGCGAUGGAGGAGCACAGAGACGACGGUGGUGAUAUUGUGCAAAGCGAUUCGUUCGAUCAAUUGGCAGCGCGCGAGGCCGGCGGCCGCCACACACGCGGCGCGCGGCCGCGCGGGUCGGCGGGGGCGCGCGUGCGCGGCUCGGCGGCGGCGGCGGCCGGCGGCGCCGCGCUGCAGUGUGCCGCGGCGUUACGUCACGCGCGCGUCGCCGCCGCCCGCUCGGCUCGCUCGGCCGCCCUCAGUCGCCCCUCUGCCCGGUCCGUUGCUACUCGUCGCGCGGUCUGUGCAAACGUCCUAUGCUGUGAUAAUGUUACGAAGCAGCACAUCGGUUGCCGCAUUUACGGCGAGCUUAAAAUGUUAUCCGGUUGUAAUGAA